GUCUCCAACGAGUUGUUCCCAUCGAAAUGCGUGGACAUCUGUACUGGCAAAAAACCGAUGAAAUCUACAUAAACGUAUCGGUCCGUCAAAAUCUCGGCGCUGUGCUCUGUGGCGACAACGAAGGUGCCAUCUGGAUAUAUGAUCUUGAUCCCUAUCUUGAUGAUCUUCACUCGUCAAGCAGAAAGAAGUUUUUUGUUAAACCGAUCAAGGUCCUGGAGUGGCCUGAGUGCUCUGUUCAGGGAAACCGCGACGAGGAUCAACAGCUAAAGGAGUCAAUUACCUCUGGUUUCCGUAAUCCCGUUGUGAACAGCGUAGAGAUGAGUUCCGACGGUCACUUCCUGGCGGCGGUGACCGACAACAACCUCGUCUGUAUUUGGCGCUAUGCUCCCCCCGCUACCGCCGCGGUUGCAGCCGCCGCAGCAGCUCCCACACCGGCCGGAUCCGUGAUUGGAGCCACAGACGCAGCCGGCACCCCCGUUGACUCCAUUUUAAUUAAUAUCCCUGCUACAACUGCAGCACCAGACCCCUCUGUUAUACAACCUCCGCCUCCUCCCCCCGCUUCUACCACCUGA